GGUCUCCCACUGUUCCCCGGAGAAGACGAAGGAGAUCAGCUUGCAUGCAUUAUGGAAGUUCUAGGAGUUCCACCGUCUGAGAUGUUACAGAACAGUCCUCAAGUAGAGCGCUACUUCGUGGAGCAUCGUGCAUCGAAGUCAGGAAACUCUGAUGUGCAAAAUUUCGUCGAAAGAAUCACAAUGAGCCCUCAUCGUGACGUCGUAUACUUGCCACGCUACUGCUCUAUUCGAUAUCCGGAUGACGGAGGGCCUCCUGAAAUCGGGCCAGGAGUUGCAAAACGUUCUGGACAUAAGAGGGGCGUCCCUGCGAGCAAGCCUCUUCUGUUCGCCAUACUGCAACCAAGGCACGGCCGGUUCCGGCAGAAAGAUUCCCAGAGUAUGGCAAACUUGAGUGUGGAUCUGGGCGCAUUCCGAACUACGGAAGAAAAAGUAGUUUCCAAAGACAAUGAACUAUUGCUCGGUUUAAUGUUGGCCUGCCUCACGUGGUUACCGAACGAACGCAUUAAACCCUACAAAGCAAUCCAACACGGAUGGCUGCAAAAUUUCAGUAAGAGGAGCACCGGGAGUUCUCAGCCUCGCCAACGGAUACGCAGUAUGGAAGUAUCGCAAAUGGUCACUUACAGAGAUUCCGGCCCAAUUCGUUGGGAAAAAGAACAUGUAGACCAAUCCAAAACAUCAACCGACGAGCUGAUAACGGCUAUUCCGAGAAGACGUAAGGCCACCGGAAGGUCCAGGACUGAAUGUAUAUCAUCCCGGCCAAUAACCAUAUGUGACGCAAACACAAUUAAUUGGAUCAAGGAAGAACCAAUAGUACAAUCGACAGAUAGUAGUACGAAUCUGAAUGACCAAGUAACGAGAACCAACUUACAAAUACAACCUUCCUCGUAUCAAACGAGCUGGAUUCCAGCAACGAAAACGAAGACAGUCUCUCCGGUAACAUCGCUAGGGAGCAUAGCUGAGUUUAGUGACUCUGUCAUUUCAUCAAAAGGCUCCGAUCAAACAACAAGACGUGUAACUCUUAUUUACGCCAAUGCCAAAAAUGCAGGAGCAUCGGAGGAUAGUGAAACAAACGUGGACAACGCGACCUCAGAGAGAGAAGGAACAAGAGUACGUGUAGGUCCUUCAGGUGUGCCAUAUGAGACGAAUAUACGAAGAAGAGAAAGCGCCCAAACGGCGCAUCUGAAUACCUCCCGUCGUCCGUAUUCUGAAUUCUACUCAGUGACAGAAAUUCAACAGUGCAAUACAAAUGCAGAAAAAAGUGGAAUAAAUGCACUACCGACUGGACCCAUAACGAGCUCGGUAGAUAGCAAUGGGAAAUGCGCCCAUACUCAGAGGACAUGCCGGCAAAUACCGUCAAGCAAAGAGAGUGGAGAUCAGCAAUAUACUAACCAUGCUCACACCUUUCAGUUGGCUUUCACUGGCGGUUUGGCCUUACGAAGCACAAACAGUGGCAACAACGGCCAGGUGAUAAUCACCAAGGUGUUGGAACCAGUGAACGUAAAAAGACAACCCAGAACGGCUCAGGCGAUCCGACGAAACAGUGAAUUGAUGACCAGUUCUAUCUUGAAUGUAAACGAACCACGAUUAAUAGGAAUAGGGAACCGACGACAUGGUCUACCCAGUCAUGUGAGCGAUGAGAAUGCACGCAACGAUCAGCAACACCUCCAAGCCUGCCGAGGGGACCAGUGCAAACAAGGGGCGGUGUCAUGGAACCCGCUCACUUCACCUUCAAUUGCGAAGACAAACCAGCACACUUCUGAGGCUGGAUUACCUGAUGUUGCAUCGAAACCUGGUAGGGAAGCAUUGUCGUAUAGUCUAAACCGGGUAAUCCGCAAAUCCGAUGGUGCCUCUGGGGAGGACAACGGAUGGGCAAAACAUACACACUACCAACAACUGUCUGCGGCACAAAACAACAUAAUCCUUCGCAGAAUGGCCGUGCCUCCGCAGUACCGAGGCACGGUGGUUGAACUCAGAUCACAGGCACAUAAUAUGAGGCGUUAAACUGCCCGACUGGAAGCCAACGAUAAGCAGGUGUUUGUGACUGCUGUCGAAAUCAAGAGAACAAAACACGCGGCGAAAAUCUUCACCCAGUUCUAUUUGGAAUCCAAACGACCCAUGGGGUCGUUCUGGUACACUGUGAUGUGAAUUAAGCGUAAAGUAUACCAGUAACAGUCUUUCAAAACUACCUUAUGUACCAUAUUCCUACAACAUGCAACCAACUGCAGAUAACAGUGAUGAACGGCUUGCCAUCUGUUUAAUGCUUGGCUUGAGUUUGUGAAAAAAUGCUAACACUCCUCUACUGUGAUACACAUUUGCAUAAAAUGAUGGGACUACAAAUCAUUUAUAUUCACUUGUAUUUACA